GGGCCUCUCGGCGGAAGAGACGACAGAGGCGGAAACGCGCACAGGCGCAGCUGCGUCCUCUGGCUCCGGGCCCGGCUAGCUUCGCUCCAGAGAUUGCGCGGGCUCAGGGACUAGGCCCGUGGCCACGCCCCCCCUUGCGACAAAGACCAAUGGAAGCGGGCGUUGCUGGUCGCUAAGGGAACCCUCGGCGGCAAGAUGGCAGCGGCGGGCGAGGGCACCCCGAGUUCCCGCGGGCCGCGUCGGGACCCGCCUAGGCGGCCGCCCCGGGACGGUUAUGGUGUCUACGUAUACCCAAAUUCCUUCUUCCGAUAUGAAGGAGAAUGGAAAGCAGGGAGGAAGCACGGUCACGGGAAGUUGUUAUUUAAAGAUGGCAGUUAUUAUGAAGGGGCGUUUGUGGACGGAGAGAUCACGGGAGAAGGCCGCCGGCACUGGGCCUGGUCAGGAGACACCUUCUCUGGACAGUUUGUUCUGGGAGAGCCUCAAGGCUACGGCGUCAUGGAGUACAAAGCCGGCGGAUGUUACGAAGGGGAGGUCUCCCACGGCAUGCGGGAAGGACACGGGUUUCUGGUGGACCGGGAUGGACAAGUGUACCAGGGCUCCUUCCAUGACAACAAGAGGCACGGCCCUGGGCAGAUGCUCUUUAAGAACGGUGACAAGUACGACGGCGACUGGGUCCGGGACCGGCGUCAGGGACACGGGGUGCUGCGCGGCGCCGACGGCUCCACCUACGAGGGACAGUGGCACAGCGACGUCUUCAGUGGACUGGGCAGCAUGGCCCACUGCUCAGGGGUCACCUAUUAUGGGUUGUGGAUCAACGGCCACCCAGCAGAACAAGCUACGAGGAUCGUGAUCUUGGGUCCGGAGGUGAUGGAAGUGGCCCAAGGGUCUCCCUUCUCGGUGAACGUUCAGCUGCUACAGGACCACGGGGAAAUUGCCAAGAGCGAGAGCGGCCGGGUCCUGCAGAUCUCAGCGGGCGUCAGAUACGUGCAGCUGUCAGCCUACUCUGAGGUCAACUUUUUCAAAGUGGACACAGACAACCAAGAGACACUCAUCCAGACCCCAUUUGGGUUCGAAUGCAUCCCUUAUCCUGUGUCCAGCCCCGCAGCUGGGGUGCCGGGGCCCAGAGCUGCCAAGGGAGGUGCAGAAGCCGACGUGCCCCUGCCCAGGGGAGACCUGGAGCUGCAUUUGGGUGCCCUCCAUGGCCAGGAGGACACCCCUGGUGGCCUGCUUGCCAGGGGACACACGCCCCAUUGUCCUGGGGCCUGUCAGCGAGUGGAGCAGGGCUGUGCCGAGUUCACAGAUGUCCUCCUGGGGCCGCCCCCGCCCGGGUACCACCCCUUCCUGUUCCUGGACAGCCUCCACAAGAAGGCAGGCGGCAGAUCCAGAGGCGGCCUGCACCCCAGGGGGACACCACCCACCGCACAGGAGCCGCCUGGAGGCAGCAGGAUCCCAACAGGGUUCUCCUGGCUGCUUCAAAUCUCGAGGCACAGACGAGAUUCCGCAGUGUGGACAACAGGAGAGCAAGUGAGACGGGAGUGUGACCCCUUCCAUGUCCAGACACCACAUCGCGCCCUCCUGGCCCCCAACCUGGGCCUGUGCUGGAGGUCUGCCGUGCCCCUCACAGCGCCGCCCAUUCCCCCAGCAUAGAAGCCCAGGUCCUAGCGGCCUGCGUGGGGUCGAUGUCAAGACAGAACUGCCGAGGGGGACAAUGGGAGAAGCACUGAGUCCGGGGCCAGGGGUCGCCCAUCCCACUGGAAGAACCUGAGUGUGGACCAAGGACAGGGAGCAUUCCUUCCGAUGCUGGAGUCCGUGAGCAACGCUCAGGGUGGCCGGGCUAUGCUCACCAGGGUGUGCUGAGACCGGGGCUCUAGGGGAGCCCCCUGUCCCUCAGAACAGCCACAUCUGUGUCCCCUUCGUGCAGCUGCACAACAGGAGCUCCUCAGCAUCCACUGGGGGAUGCCGGUGCCCUCAGGAGGACAGGCAGCCCCGCUGGGCACCUGAUGAGCGUGGGGGCACCUGGUGCACCCCCCCACCGGGUGGCUCCCUCAAAGCCCACAUCAGAGCCUGUCACUGUCAUCCAGGAGGCUCCAAACAAUAGAAAUGACUGAAAAAAAAAUCGACAAAGAUGAAAAGUGACACACCAGCCUGUA